AUGGCCUCGCCCGAACCCCCACGGCCGCCGCCAGUCUCCCCACAGGGUCGGGCAGUGCCCCUUCAACCCCCAUGUAUCAAUUGCCGAUCCAAGCAUCUGCGAUGUACGUAUGAAACCGACCAAUGUGAGCCCUGCAAGCGAUACAACCGGACAUGUGUACGGCGCAAACCUCGCAAGAAUCCGAUUCAAUUUCGUCCUGGUAGCCGUGCAAAGUAUGACCAGGCCUUUGCUCCAGACCAAGUCUGGGUAAAGCUGGGCCGUAGAUCGGCCCCGCUGAGGUUUAUCGACGAGACGGUGGACGUCAUCUCGGGCUACUACUCGGCGAGUGAUUCUGAAAAUGAAGAGAUUGACGGCGAGGACGUGUCGUUUCGGGCUGGGGCCGCCGUAGGAGCUCAAUCGGAGCAUGCGCGAUUUCAUGCCCUGGGUCCAAACAGCUCCACCAAGAGUGCUACUCAAUGUGGGACACAAGGGCAGACACCCGCGUCAGAAAUGACUACGCUGAUAAGCUCAAAUACGGCUGCGCUACAUCGAGGUGCAAGCAUAGUACCUACUGAGAGGCAGAGAGAGAUACACAGACCCGUCGUCUUUGUUGGAAAUACUGACAUCCGCCUUCAAGCAAUUCUCCUACGCUACUUCGCCGAGGUCAUUGGCCCUCGCUUUGAUUUGUGUGACAACGAGCGCCACUUCAGCCGUCUGGUGCCGCAACGGGCCCGUUCCUCGCCCACCCUGUUGAAUGCCAUACUUACUACAUCAGCUCGCCAUCUGACUCGCUUGCAGAGGUAUCGCAACUCUGCCGGCGUAGUCGAGUGGCAGGGCCAUCUAUUGCCAAAUUUGAGCGAGGAAUCGGCCGUCUACUAUCACAAUGAAUGCAUUAAAGAUCUUUUGCGACUCAGCAUGGAUCCAGAACAGAUACACAAUGAAGCUCUUCUGGCAGCGGCAAUCAUUCUUCGCACCGACGAAGAAAUGGACGCUCCACUUCACGAAGGCGAGGAGGAUACUGAAGUUUUCUUAGGCAUGUUGAACAUGUUUAUUAACGCACAGGUCCCACUAGUAGCAACAUUACCGCACAGCUCCCCUCCCGUAUAUCCUUCACAGGAGGAACUUUACGGCUCAGGGGUCCACCUGGUCCAUGCACCACACCCACCAGAUUCGCCCUCCCACCCGCUAUCCUCUCCCACUCCACAGACGAACAUCCUAUGGCCAUAUACCAUUCCUCACGUCCCAAGACCGGAUGGCCUUCGCCAAGCCGCCUUCUGGGUCGCCCUGCGUCAAGAACUCUUUACCUCAUUCAUGAAACAACGCCCUCUCAACUUCCCCAUGAACCACUGCGACGCAUUCCGCAAUCUAUCCCCCGCCGAGGACGUCAUCUGGGCAGACAGACUAGUCAUCUUCUGCGCCGACCUUCUCGAAUACUGCUACGGAAGCAGCUACAUUCACAACGCGGAUCAACCCUCACGUCGUCACCACGACCCGGCACGAUGGCACAAGCUGCGGAAUUACGAACGCGACUUGACACUGGCCCUGCCAAAAUCAUUUGAGCCCAUGUGCUACCGAGAGCCUGAUACCAGCUCCGGACAGGUCUUUCCAGAGAUCUGGCAUCUGGAGAGCUGUCACGUCACGGGGACUACACACCUCGAACUCGCUCGCAUUCUUCGACCUAAUUUAGGACCGGGGUCGGUUUCUAGUCAAAGGAAACUGGCCACUACGCUGAAGAAUAUUGUGCGCCGGCUGUGUGGGAUUGCGAUGUGCAAUCCUAUAAUAUAA